AAGCGGGUUCGUAUACAAUAGUUGAAUAUUGUUUAAACUUACUGCGGUAUUGGUAUCUUUGCAGACUGUCACCUCUCCAGAACAGAAGGAGAAAUAACGUGAAUCGAACGACGCUGUUUGAGAGUGUUUAUCACGUUUUUUAACAUUAAUCUAGGAAUGUUCCAAUGUCAGCCGACCAGGAAGCACAGGAGGAUGAACUGCUUGCUCUAGCGAGCAUCUAUGAUGAAGACGAGUUUCGCAGAGCCGAAUCAGGAAAAGAGGGCGAGAUUAAUCUGUGCCUGGAGCUUCCUCCGAGCUUCAAACUGCUAGUUAAGGGACAGACCUCCACAGAGCAUCAUGUGUCAUUUCUACCUCCGCUGGUUCUGAGUUUUGAGUUCCCGGCUGACUAUCCUUCAGCAUCAGCGCCGCUUUUUACUAUAAGCUCCAAAUGGCUCAGGAGAGCCCAGAUCACUGCACUUUGCAGGAGACUGGACGAGCUUUGGGAGGAGAACCAAGGCAACGUGGUUCUUUUUACCUGGAUGCAGUUUCUAAAGGAAGAGACCCUAGACUUUUUGGGAAUCCAGUCACCGCUGGAAAUCCAAAGCCUUGAGAGCCAGCCUCAGUGUGAGUCUGGCCCAAAACAAGCUGUAGACGUCCCCGGGGAAAAAAGUAAAGAUUUAGACCCCAGAGCCGUGCAAGAAGUCGACGCUCGCACAGACAUACUGACUCAGCUGCUGGAUUUUGACGAAGCUCAGAAGCAGAAGGUGUUUGAUGGGAAGGUGUUCUGCUGCGGCAUCUGUUACUCCGAGAAGCUCGGAUCCGACUCUCUGCUCUUCAAAGAGUGUCAGCAUGUGUACUGCAAGGCCUGCAUGAAGGAAUACUUUCAGAUCCAGAUUAGAGACGGAAAAGUCCAGUGCCUUAACUGCCCUGAACCAAAGUGCAUGUCCAUGGCCACUCCUUCACAGGUGAAACUUCUCGUGGGCGAAGAUGAGUUUGCACGCUAUGAUCGUCUCCUGCUGCAGUCGAGUCUGGACCUGAUGGCGGAUGUGGUGUAUUGUCCUCGUAUGAGCUGCUGUAUGGCUGUGAUGGUGGAGCCUGACUCCACCAUGGGCAUCUGUCCCGCCUGCAGAUACGCCUUCUGUACCCUCUGUAAGAGGAGCUAUCACGGCCUCUCUCACUGCAUAGUGACUGCUGAUGAGCUUCGUAAUUUGCGGGAUGAGUAUAUGUCUGUGAGUGAAGAGGGGAAGAAGUUCCUUGAGAAGCGUUUUGGUCGGCGUGUCAUUCAGAAGGCGGUGGAGGAGUCUUUCAGCACAGACUGGCUGAAGGAUAACUGUAAACAGUGCCCUUGCUGUGGCACUAAUAUACAGAAGGUGCACGGCUGUAACAAGAUGACCUGUUCGUCCUGUCAGAAGUACUUCUGCUGGAUCUGUCUGGGAGCUCUCAGCAAGGUGAACCCCUAUAGCCACUUCAACAACCCCGGCUCGCCCUGCUAUAACCAAUUGUUUCAAGGAGUGGAAAUGGACGAGGAAGAAGGCUUUGGGAGCGACGAAGAUAACUGACCCACUGUAAAUGAAAUGUUUAAAGGAUGGCAGUGUUUUUCUGCAUAUCAGUGGAUCAGAACCCCAAGCCCAAGACCUGACCACAGUGUCACCCAUUUUUUAGCAAUAUAUAUAUAUUUUUUAUUUGCAUUUUUUUGCAAUUCAAAUUCCAGUUCACAAGCAUCCCUUCAAAUAGUUUUAUUGUAGAUUGUAAACGUUUUCACUGCUACGAGAUCACCCCGUAUAUCCUCUAUCUAUAUAGUUAAUGAAUUGGUUUUCUUUAAUGUUACCAUCUUUUCAGAAGAUGUAAUGUUUAUAUAGGUAUCCUCAGCUAUUGCUGUCAUUGUUAAUAAUGUACAUGUCAUCCUUUGGACAAAGGUGGAUGGAUUUAGCAGGAAAAUAAAUGUUAAAUGAGUUCUUGGGGCAUGAA